AUGGCGGGGCAGUCUCCUGCUGGAGGGCCCGAGUUGCCGCUCGUGACAUCUCACACCAGCCUAGAACCGUGCGAGCGUCGUGAUGGGCAUAGAAACUCAGCAGAUGUGCCCGACAUAAUUGGAUCUGAUCCACAAGUGACGACCACGCGGGAGGUGAAGUCAGCAUCCCGAUGGAUGCGACCAAAGGCCGUUUCCCUCACUUUUUGGUUUGUUGCAGCUUGCGUUGUAGGAAUGUCUGUGUUGUUUUCCCAUUGCAUCCUCUCUAAAAAGAUUAAUGAAGGGGCUGCGGGGAGGCGGCUUGCAGCUGGUAAUGAAGGGCAUGGGUCUCCAUUAGGGAGAAACCCAUUAUUUGAUGAAGAAGAGUGGAUCAGUUUGGAUGCUGAUAUGCUUGCAUCGCUUUGCACUCAAAUAGGUGAGUGGACCCAUCCACAAUCUUCCCAAGAUACUGCAGGCUCCUCGCAAUCGGUGAUAGGGGUGGUCUCGAGCUCGGAAGUGCAAGGGCGAGACAACUCUUUGCGCGACCCGGGUAUCGUGCCGGUACUCCAACAGUCCGCUCAAGAAAACACUUUCGGAAUGAGUGGAGACGAAGGACCACAAAAUGCUCCUGCUCCGGCUAUUCCUGGUUCAAGCUGGAUGGUUGAUGCACCUGCAGGAACAGGUUCCGCUUCUGAUCGUAGCCUUGGGCAGAACUAUCCACAGGUUGUUCAGCCUGGCGAGCUCCCUCCCAAUUUAUUUCCACCAGAUAUUCCGUUUCUACCUUCUCUCUUUAAUCCUCUUCCAGGCUUGACAACCCAGCAUGUGUGGGGCCAAACCUUACAGGAGAUGGAUGCCGUGCCACAGUCCUCCCAAGCUUCACAGCGUCAGUACUAUCCGUUGGAUGUUGAUCAAGGCCUGGACAAUUUCGGUGUUUCGCCACAGAGAGUUGAUGAGGUUUCAGCACAAUUACCAUCUUCAGGGCUCUCUACAAGUUCAUCCGAGACGGAUGGAUCUAGUUUAGGCCACUCCCAAGUGAGUGAUGCAGGGGGAGAGAACCAAGGCACCUGGAGCGAGAGGUCACAGCAAACAAAGCUCUUACUGAGACAGAAGUUGCUGAUGAAGUCACAUGCCAGGACAGACACUGUCAGCAAUUCAAAUGAUAAGAGGGGCCCUAAAAGUGCCAGGACAGCGACUGUCAGCAAGUCAAAUGAGAAUAGGGACCCUACAGAUGCAGAAGUACAGCCUUCAGAAGAGGCAUGCACCGAAGACGGGAACGGUCAGGUGCAGCUGCCCAAACUGCACCCAGAUAUACGGCCGGAAGAUAUGAAAGUGAGGUUGUACUAUGAUCCGGAUAGAUGUGGACCUUUGAUCUUCUAUCUUAUGGCUAUUAAACGCCUGUGUAAGCGGUCGGUCCUCGGCAUAUCAGCAGCUAAUCAAAUGUUUAAUGCUGCCCAAAAGUUGGCCUCUCGCGUUCUUAUGUCUAUGACGGUCCCUGUUGAUAAUACGAAGCCUUCUGCAGCCGUUGAAUCCCUGGGGCGUCGCUUCUUGGCGUUCAAUGCGUUCUAUAAAGUAUUGCAAGUGUUGGGGGAUGUCCCACAGCUGAAAGAAUCAUGGGCGUUGAUGCUUAGAAAAGUGCCAACGACGUAUUCGCACAAGCCUCGGUGCGGGCUUGAAGGCAAGUACGGAUUCCAGUACAAAUUGGCGAAGCGACUGAGCAGAGCCCUGGAGUUGUACAAGCUUGGAGGUGCUCCCACAUUCCAAGAAGUCAUGGAAAUAGAGAACCAACUGUUCUGUAUGAGAUCCUCUCCGAAAUGCUUUCUUACUAAAACGUGGUCCGUGUGGCGAGGACAAGACAACGGACAAGACAACGGAUCUGAUGAUGAACAAUGA